AUGACCUUGACUGAUCUAGAAAUCUGUGCCGAGGAAAUUGCCACCGCCGCGAGAACCCUGGCGAGAGACGGAUACUCUGGCGGAUAUUCAGCUGGGCUCCCUGACCAUCUCCGACCCGUCCAGCGAACACUGAUUGCCAAUGCCUCGCAAGUAUUCGCCCUCGCCGGUCAGCCCGCCGACUUUGUCCGACAGUUGGCUCUCUAUAAUCAGCUUUUGGCAUGCUUGCGGUGGCUGGGGGAGUUCCAGGUGCUAGCGUGUAUCCCUCUGGAUGAAUCCGUACCCUUUGAAGACGUCGCAGACCUUGCAGGAGUCCCUGAAUGUCGGCUACGUCGACUGGUGCGGCCACUAUUUACAAUAGGCUUUCUUUGUGAGCCUUCACCGGGGCAUGUGGCACACAGUGUGCUGUCGAAACAGUUUGUGACCCAACCAGCCCUGCUGGACGCCAUUUUCUUCAUGUCGGACACUCUGGCUCCGUCAGCGUCAACGAUGGGGACCCAGACGCGCAGAUCUGGGGCCUCAGAGCAGCCGGAAGAUUCCGCAUGGAACCUCGCCGUGGGAAGUAACUCUCCUUUUGCCGUAUGUCUUCAACAACGACCCAAGGUGAAGCGACAGCUGGGUGCCUACCUCUCCUACGUGUCAAGUGCCAUGGAUGCUGCCGUGGAAGAUACGCUUACUCGGAUGGACUGGCAAAGCUUGGGAAUGGCAACAGUCGUCCAUGUGGGUGCCCUGUCACCCUCACUGGUUAUUGCCCUCGCUCCCCGAUUUCCAUCACUCCGUUUCCUCGUGCAGACAGAACCGAAGACCGAGUCUGGCGGUCCUCAACCAUGUGUCGAUAAUCAUGGCAUGUCUAACUUGAAACUAGCGAGCAUACCUCUGCAUCUACGUGAACGCAUCAAUUGGGGCACCCGUCCAUCAACAGCAACACAACCUGUCCUCGACGCCGCGGUCUAUCUUAUCUCCAUCGCAUCCCCAUCCCCACAGUCGUCAGCGAUUGAAAUCACCAUGCGAGUAGCUCAGGCGCUAAGGGCUCAUGUGGAGGUGUUGCGGAAUAAUUCAGACGCGCGCCUCAUUUUGACUCUGCCGAUGUCGGCGGUCACAAGGUCGAUGGACGCUGCGGCGCGAGCGGCGGUCAGUCUGAGCGAUCUCUCCCUACUGCAGCUCACCAAUGGGGCGCCCCUCAACAUGGGCGAGAUACGAGAUUUGCUGCGGAGUCGCUCCGAUGGGCUUGUGGUGAUGCGGGAGGUUCGAUCUCCCACCAACGCCGUGAUUGCAUUUGAGAUUCAAUAUUGUGUGGAUAAUGAUGACACCCGAUUUUAA